AUGGGUGACUGGAGUGCCUUAGGCAAACUCCUUGACAAGGUUCAAGCCUAUUCCACCGCUGGAGGGAAGGUGUGGCUGUCGGUCCUUUUCAUUUUCCGAAUCCUGCUAUUGGGGACAGCGGUUGAGUCAGCCUGGGGUGAUGAGCAGUCCGCCUUUCGUUGUAACACUCAACAACCUGGUUGUGAAAAUGUCUGCUAUGACAAAUCCUUCCCAAUCUCUCAUGUGCGCUUCUGGGUCCUGCAGAUCAUAUUUGUGUCUGUUCCCACACUCUUAUACCUGGCUCAUGUGUUCUAUGUGAUGCGAAAGGAAGAGAAACUGAACAAGAAAGAGGAGGAACUCAAAGUUGCCCAAACUGAUGGUGCCAAUGUGGACAUGCACUUGAAGCAGAUUGAAAUUAAGAAGUUUAAGUAUGGUAUUGAAGAGCACGGCAAAGUGAAGAUGCGAGGGGGCUUGCUGAGAACCUACAUCAUUAGCAUCCUCUUCAAGUCUGUCUUCGAGGUGGCCUUCUUGCUGAUCCAGUGGUACAUCUACGGAUUCAGCUUGAGUGCCGUUUACACUUGCAAAAGAGAUCCCUGCCCACAUCAGGUGGACUGUUUCCUCUCUCGGCCCACGGAGAAAACCAUCUUCAUCAUCUUCAUGCUGGUCGUGUCGUUGGUGUCGCUUGCCUUGAACAUCAUUGAACUCUUCUAUGUCUUCUUCAAGGGUGUUAAGGAUCGUGUGAAGGGAAAGAGCGAUCCUUACCACGCUACCACUGGCCCACUGAGCCCCUCCAAAGACUGUGGAUCUCCAAAAUAUGCUUAUUUCAAUGGCUGCUCUUCCCCAACCGCUCCUCUCUCGCCCAUGUCUCCUCCCGGGUACAAGCUAGUGACCGGAGACAGAAACAAUUCUUCUUGCCGCAAUUACAACAAACAAGCAAGUGAGCAAAACUGGGCCAAUUACAGCGCAGAACAAAAUCGAAUGGGGCAGGCAGGCAGCACCAUCUCUAACUCCCACGCACAGCCUUUUGAUUUCCCAGAUGACCACCAGAAUUCUAAAAAACUUGAUGCUGGCCACGAACUACAGCCUCUAGCCAUUGUGGACCAGCGGCCUUCCAGCAGAGCCAGCAGUCGCGCCAGCAGCCGACCCCGGCCUGAUGACCUGGAGAUCUAG